AGGCGCCCAUUGCCGAGGAAUUUGGCCUGCGCACAUCACUUCUCGACCUAAGCUCUCCCUUACCGCAACCCGCAUACUUGCAGUCCAUGUUUCAGCUGGGGUCGGAACAAGCCGACUGCCGUGCCGCUGUGAAAGGGAUAAAAAGCCCUCCUCCCUUGCGUGGGAGACUCGCGAAAAACGUGCAUUAUUCAUCAUGCUACUGGGGCACAUUGGCACCAAGUUUUUUGUUCUUACGUACAUUAUAUUUGAAACGGCGAUGAGUUCGCAUAGGGGAUAGUUGUCCCCGAGUGAGUGGAGUGGUGCUAUUCAUGUAGAUCUGGGACUAAUUAUUGCUAGUUGCUAGUUGUUAGCUAGCUGGGCACAGUUACUUACGAACGUACUAGUAAAGAUUCCAUCAGCUAGCCGAAGCACCAUUGAGAUCACGAUCAACAUUCCUGCAUAGUUGGACAAGUGUCCGUCAGUACAUACCUAAGUAAUACGGACACUAAGACCAAAUACAAUCCUAAUACUUACGGUAAAUCUCUGAGAUUCCCGCUAGACUUGUAGGAGAUGAGGGGGAGUAAACACCGAGAAUACGAAAGGCCUGUGAUAGAUCACUUUAGCCAACUUCGCUUAAGUAAACUCUCUUGCCGCUAUCCGAGAGUAACGGUCGACUAGAACUGGUAUGGACUAGCGGGAGUUUACUAUGAGCUGUUUAGGUUCUGAUUUAUCGUGUGUCAUG